GCCGCACGUCCAGCCCGGCCUGCGGCCCCAGCCUUUGCGCCGCUCGCCCGGCCCGCGAUCGUCCACUGGACGGUGCCGCCGGGCUGCCCGGCCUGCCCGCGUGCGCGCCUCGGUCUGGGCCCUCCUCCGGGCCGUCCGACCCACUGGCAGGGCCAUGCCGAGUCGCCGCGUCGCCAGACCGCCCGCUGCGUCGGAGCUGGGGGCCUUGGGCUCCGCUGACCUCUCCUCGCUCUCGCUUGCAGUUUCCAGGACCACGGAUGAACUGGAGAUCAUCGACGAGUACAUCAAGGAGAACGGCUUCGGCCUGGAGGGGGCGCAGCCGGGCCCGGGCGAGGGCUUCCCGCGCCUGGUGCCCCGCGGGGCGGGUGCGGAGCACCUGGUCCCUGGCCCCGCGGCGCCCGCGCCCCCCGCCACGCCGCCCUGGGGCUGCCCGCUGGGCCAGCUCGCGCCCCCCGCGCCCCCCGCGCCCGGCCCCGGCCCGCGGCCGCACCUGGUCAUCGCCGAGCAGCCCAAGCAGCGCGGCAUGCGCUUCCGCUACGAGUGCGAGGGCCGCUCGGCCGGCAGCAUCCUGGGGGAGAGCAGCACCGAGGCCAGCAAGACGCUGCCCGCCAUCGAGCUCCGGGAUUGCGGAGGGCUGCGGGAGGUGGAGGUGACCGCGUGCCUGGUGUGGAAGGACUGGCCUCACCGGGUCCACCCCCACAGCCUCGUGGGGAAGGACUGCACAGACGGCGUCUGCAGGGUGCGGCUCCGGCCCCACGUCAGCCCCCGGCACAGCUUUAACAACCUGGGCAUCCAGUGUGUGAGGAAGAAGGAGAUCGAGGCCGCCAUUGAGCGGAAGAUUCAGCUGGGCAUCGAUCCCUACAAUGCCGGGUCCCUGAAGAACCAUCAGGAGGUGGACAUGAACGUUGUGAGGAUCUGCUUCCAGGCCUCCUAUCGGGACCAGCAGGGACAGAUGUGCCGGAUGGACCCCGUGCUCUCCGAGCCCGUCUACGACAAAAAGUCCACAAACACGUCAGAGCUGCGGAUUUGCCGAAUCAACAAGGAGAGUGGGCCGUGCACGGGCGGCGAGGAGCUCUACUUGCUAUGUGACAAGGUGCAGAAAGAGGACAUAUCGGUGGUGUUCAGCACGCCCUCCUGGGAAGGCCGGGCUGACUUCUCCCAAGCCGACGUGCACCGCCAGAUUGCCAUCGUGUUUAAGACGCCACCCUACGAGGACCUGGAGAUUGCUGAGCCCGUGACCGUCAACGUCUUCCUGCAGCGGCUCACCGACGGGGUCUGCAGCGAGCCGCUGCCCUUCACGUACCUGCCUCGGGACCAUGACAGCUACGGUGUGGACAAGAAGCGGAAACGGGGGAUUCCCGAUGUUCUCGGGGAGCUGAACAGCUCUGACCCCCAUGGCAUCGAGAGCAAACGGCGGAAGAAGAAGCCGGCCUUCCUGGACCACUUCCUGCCCAGCCAUGGCUCAGGCCCAUACCUCCCGCCGUCAGCCCUGCUGCCGGACACAGACUUCUUUCCUGGUACCGUGUCACUGCCCGGCCUGGAGCCCCCCGGCGGGCCUGACCUCCUGGACGACGGCUUUGCCUACGACCCCACAGCCCCCACGCUCUUCACCAUGCUGGACCUGCUGCCCCCGGCGCCGCCACUCGCCAGCGCUGUCGCGGGCAGCGCGGGUGCAGAGGCCGCGGUCGGGGAGCCCCCCUGCCCUGAGCCGCUGACGCUGGACUCGUACCGGGCCCCGGGCCCCGGGGACGGAGGCACCGCCAGCCUCGUGGGCAGCAACAUGUUCCCCAACCAGUACCGCGAGGCGGCCUUUGGGGGCGGCCUCCUGUCCCCGGGACCUGAAGCCACGUAGCCCCGCGGCACCGGAGGAGAGGCGCUGGGUGGGGAGGGAGGUGGUGGGGCUGUGUGAACCCAACCAGGAUGUCCAGCACCCCCAGCCCCUUGGGCCGCCCUAUGGUUAGUCUUCCGACCUCCUCGUGCUUCUCAAUCGGACAUCUUCAGCGCUGGCGAGAAGCUCCGUAGCACGGGUUUCCCCUUGAGCCCAUAUUACCAAUGGGGAAACUGAGUCCGGAGGGGGAAAGGGGCAUGGCUCCCGUGCACUCGCUCGCUCAAAGCUGCCUCAGCCCCCACUUGGGGGCACCUUCUCCAGCCGGAUUCUGAAAGAUUGUAUAUAUGGGAAGUGGGGGCAGAUCCCCGGCCUUCCUUCCCCAGACUUGAAGCGGGGGCGGGUGGUUUGUUCAGACUGUUCCCAAUAAACACGAGUUUUUCA